GUGUGUGUGUUUGUGUGUGUUAGUGCCCUUUAAGGAUGACCCUUUGCGUGUGUGUGUGUGUUUGUGUGUGUGUGUAUGUGUGUGUUAGUGCCCUCUAAGGAUGACUCUUUGCUUCUGUGACCUGUUAGAACAGAAUAUCGGUUUUCAUACCUGCAUUGUGUGUCAAUAGAAAUAAUAUCUGAUUCAGUCAUUUACUGCUGGUUAUUGAUGCUUUAAAUAAAACAUGAAGCUUGUUUUUUUAUUUUAAACUUUAAAAAAAAGAUAAAAUGACUUAUUUAAAUGUGCUGAGUUGUGUAUGACAACUGAAAAACUGCAAAAUAUUCUUUGAACGGAUUGAUGUCCAAUAAGAGACUUAACCAGAAUAUGGCUGCUAAAGGUGAAAGUGUCAGGUGUCUGGACUGUUGUUCCACACUGUCGGAUUAGCAGUCGUAAUCAAGAAAGUGAACUGGGGACAGCUUGAUCCAGUGAUCUCAUUACGUCUUUUGUUACAUGCAGGGAGUGAGAAUAUCUCCUCCAAGUUAUAGUUCAGCAAUGUAGUUCAAAAAUAGUUCAAGCAAGGUGACUGAGAAAAAGUAACUUCUAGUGUUUUAGCAAGGUAAUACUGAAUGUUGACGGUUUUCAUGAGUGUAAUUGCGUUUAUUGUUGGUUGGGGCAAUUUGGUUUUCAAACAGGUGUCCGUUACACAAUAUUUCCACUCUCUGUCUCUAUUUAAUAAUUUGGAAGUUUCUUUUUAAGGGGUAAAGCUGAAUUAGUUUUUGGCAGUUCAUGCUAAAUUUUUCUCAGAAAUUUGGUUCCCAAAGAAAAACAUUAAUUAGCCAAGGAUUAUCCACAUACUAGUUAAUAAAGAGAUGCUUUUUAACUUUUCCCACUGCUUUUUUUCAACACCAUCUCUGUCUGCUUUUUGCCAUGCUCUUAUAGAGCUCCCCCCUCCCCCCCGAAUCCCAAACAGGCACAUGUAAACUGUCCCCUCGCCAUGUAGAUUUUUAUGCCUCACAAUAUGUAGUUGUAGUCCUGACCUCCUGUGUACACCGAGUCCAUGGUGAAUCACUUUGUGUUAGCCUUCCAUUAAGGAAAUGACCCACAUGUACAAAGUGAAUAAAUCAGACGUCAAAUGGCAGGUUGAAUAAAGAUCUUAAAAAGAGAGAGACGAACAGUGUAAUUACCAGGAUACUGAGGACUAUCAAUGGCCGCCAUUCAGCAGACGACUUAAAAGAAACGAUUUUGCUGCGGUCUUUUUAUGUCCAUUUAUGAAAAGUUCAGUCAUUUUUAAAAAAGAAUGAAAAAGCUUAAAUUUCUUCAACUGAAAAACCUACGAUGUUUUAUAUAUUUAAAAGAAGUAUGAAGAUUAAAAUCAAAUUGGGUUUGAAACACUAGCAUAGCCUAGAGAGUGGUUGAUUUGAAAGGGAAGCAGUACUGUAAACAUAAGAAUUAAGUUGACCAUGUCCAAAACAAUAUACUGUUAACAUAUCAAAUUAAAGUGACCAGGUCCAAUACGAUACUGUUAGAUAUAAGAAUUAAGUUGACCAUGUCCUAUUCAUGUAGGAGGAUCACUGGGUCUUUUUCAAUCCGUUAUUAUGGUUAAUCUGGUUGAGUAGAGCAGUGAAGCUGAAAACCAGAUCAGGGCAGAUUAACUAGGACAGCAUACAGUACCCUUGACCAGGGCAGGCAUAAUCUGAUAUGGACAGAUAUAUGUACACAGUCAUGUGGUAUUGGACAAGAUCAAGUAUAACCGCCAUAUUUUAUGUUAAGUAGCUACGUCAGGACUGAGGUCAGGCCAGGCCAAUGCGCUGUAAAGGCCGAGUUCAGGUAAAGCCGUGAGGUCAGUCUAGGUGAUCUGGCAUUAGUGGCGUGGAUUGGUUCAGUUGUAUCAGAGUAUUCUGGCCGACAAGACCACUUUUAUGCUACACUUGAACCAGCUAUGGCUGGACAUCUUAGGAUUUGACUUAAGUAGAUAAUCUUAUUGUGAAGACUUUGUUCACCAAGAGGACUUCAUACUUUGGUUUAGCUGACCUGUGGAGAUCAUUUUCUCCAGUUUUGAUACGUGACCAUGUGGUUAAUGGACGUUAAUGACAACUGUACUGGAGUGGCUAGUCUGGCCAACUGCUUGACCAACUUGGCGCUCCCAGACCAGGAUGUUUUAGUGUGUGGGGACUGCCAUGAAGAGUUCGCACUCAAUGACAUUUGCAAGUUUAUCCAACACAAAGUGAAACGAUGUAACAAAGAGAACAUAGACCCCUUCUCAGAACCCGGUCCGCCUGGGGGGGAGGAUGACGACAGACUGGACCAGUGCAUGUCCGUCAUAAGUACGGCACGGCGGACCAGUAUUUCCGCACCCAUAGCGCACAAAGGCUCAAUUUCUAGUGAUGGAAGAGAUCGGUCAUCGCCCCGGCCGUCCUUGCUUAGCCAAACGUCAAAGAUUGAAGAAGAGGAAGAAGACAAUGGUGAAUCAGGCCCCAGGGGGGAGAGGUCGCCCUCCCUGGCGUCUUUGCAGCAACCCUUGAGGCCCAAACAAGUGGAUGCCGAAUCAAACACAACACAUACAGAACCCAGCAACUUUGUUUGUGGAACAUGCACUACAAAGUUCACUUCGGCCUGGUUCCUUCUCCAACAUGUUCAGAAUGCACACGGCAUGAAGAUCUACCUAGAGAUUGAGCCGAGGUUGUCCUUUGAACCACCUCAGGCAGCAGCGGCAGCAGAAACUAAUGGCAAUAAAACUGAAACAGUAAAGAUGGAGAGGCCGAAGACAGAAGAAAUGGACGAGGAAGAGGAAGAAGAGGAAGGAGAGGAUGAUGAGGAGGAAAAAUCGGAAAAGUCUAAUCAACCACAAACGAGCAGACCAUCGUCUCACACUCCUAGGUCAAUAGGAGAGAUGAAUGGAACUCCCCCUAAUCCUUUCCUCCCAUUUAGAAGCCCGUUUUCAGAAGUGCAGCAGCGAUCUCCCUUUGGAAGCCUGCAUCCUGGCAAUUUUCACCGUCCACCUGGGCCGGAAAUGCGCCUGGAAAUGAUGGCAGAUCCGUUUAAUAAAAGGGGUUUAUAUCCCUGGCCGCCGGGCUUUGAUCCACAGGGGCCUUUUCCACCAAUGUUAGACCGCUCCCAUCUCCUCCAGCUUAGAGAGGCUAGUCUGCGCGGGGCAACUUUGUCUGAGCUUGACUACUACUCCCAGCAGCUACGACGACUUGCAGGCACAGAUUAUAGUCCUACACCUUCUCCAACGACAACAAGACGUCACAGCGCCAGCUCCGCAGCUCCUCCCUACUCUCCAGCUAAUCCACAGCCGUCAGCAUUCUCUCCCAGCUCUAGUCAACCUUCGGAACAACCCAAGGAUCCGCUGUCAGCACCAACAGCACAGCGACUCAAGUCCUGUGAAUUUUGUGGAAAAAGCUUUAGAUUCCAGAGUAAUUUGAUAGUCCACCGGCGAUCGCACACAGGAGAGAAACCUUUCAAGUGCCCCCUUUGCCCCCAUGCAUGCACGCAGGCAAGUAAGCUGAAACGCCACAUGAAGACCCAUAGGAACAAAUCGCCCAUGUCCUCUCAAGCAUCCAAUUUGUCUGCCGCAGGGUCAGAUAACAGUGGCCUCUCCACCGCUAGCCCGGACUCCAACCGGCUGUCUCAGAGAGGCGAGGAGUCGGAGCUGGAGGAUGAAGAGGAGGAGGAGUUUGAAGAGGAAUUUGAGGAGGAAGAAGAGGAAGAGGAAAUGGAGGGCAUGGAGUUUGCAGAAGGUGACCAACCCACAGAUCUUUCACAUUUUCACAAAGAGGCAGCAGCACACUUCAGCACUGAGCAGACUUUACAAGACAAGCAGACGGCGGAGGACCAGCCUAAGGACUUGACUGUGGAAAGACCCAGCGCGUUCUCUCAGAAGCUUAACACAAGGUCCCCCAGCAGCACUGCAUUCCCAGAAGAGAGCCAGAAUCCCAAUAAGGAGGAUGGCAGUUCACGUGGCAGCUCUCCCAACUCGGAUCCAGAGUCUCGCUCUGUAUUGAAGGAAGUGAUGAAGUCCUCUUUCUUAAAGAACAUUCAGCAAUAUGAUGAAGCCUUUAAACAAGCAUUAGCAGAAAGUACUCAACAAACAAUAGCCAUAUCAUCAUCAUCUGCCACAUCAGAGAGGAAGGAACAUGGAUCUGAGAACAUUGUUGAAAAUGGGGUAAAAGAGCCACCGGGGUCUCCGUGCAGCUCUGCGAGGAGCCCAGUGGUGAAAAGUGAGCGACGCUCUGAUACAGAGCCAUUACCAUCACCAUCUUACGAGGCUGGUGUCCCCGAGUUCAUAAAGAGAAAGAAACUGGAUCAGCAGCAACAGCAGCAGCUGAUGGAGCAGCAUCAUCGAAGGGUGGCCAACUUUGAAGGAUUCUACCCCUGGUUCUCUCCACAUGGUAUCCACCCCCGAGAUGUAUUUAUUGGCAAUCUCCCGCAUCCUCCUCCUCCUCAUCUUUCCCUUCAACACACAGUGAGACACUCGCAAGCCAAUGGAGUGCCUGGCAUCACCGCAGACAACAGCGCUUUUCGCAUCCACGAGAAAGGGGCGUCCUUAAUGGGCGGCUUGCCCCCAUCCUCUCAUCGCCCGCAGUCACUGCCCUCGCUGCCUGUCAACACGCCCCAGAAGAAAGAGCAUCGUCGCAAUGACACCUGUGAGUAUUGUGGGAAAAUAUUCAAGAAUUGUAGUAAUUUGACAGUCCAUCGCCGCAGUCACACAGGGGAGAAGCCGUACAAAUGCGCACUGUGUAAUUAUGCAUGUGCACAAUCUAGCAAGCUCACACGACACAUGAAAACGCAUGGGCGACUCGGCAAGGACGUCUACCGCUGCAAGUUCUGUAACAUGCCCUUUUCUGUGCCAAGUACGCUGGAGAAGCACAUGCGCCGUUGUGCAGAUAACCAACAGAAUCGGAUCCUGAGCGAAAACUCCCGUGACAGCAAUGCGAGCUCUGUGGUUGCUACCAGUAAUGCGCUCUGUUGAUGGUUGGGUUUUGAUUAAUUAAGUACACACAAGUUUACUGUUUUUUUCUUCAUGAAGCAUCACUGAGUGACAUAACCCAUGACUAAGAUUUGUAGGAACUACACUUCAGUUCUAAGUAUUGGACUCCAUUGUUUUUCUUCAAAGUAACUCAUUAUUAAGGGUAAAAUUUUACCAGGAGAAUAUAAAACUGAGACCUGUAUGAUGGUUUCUUUGUAGAUAGAUAAUGCUUAUUGCUAGGUCUGCUGGGCAAGGGAGAUCCACACAGUUCUUGGGAAUACUCUGUGUUUGUAAGAAAUACAUCAUAAGCUGGGAGAGCAGGUACAGACUAUUUUUCAAGGGCUGAUUGGUACUCCCUGGUCACAGAUAUGAUAAAUCAUUGUUAAGAGUGUCGGUGAUUUUGCUCGUGAUCCUUGUACUAUACGUUUUGUUGGGCGAUGACAAAUAUGAAGGAGCACCUGCAGAAUCACUGGCCUCUCUAGAUAUCAGUGCCAUGAUUAUUUUGUUGCUUUUUGGAUGGUUAAAUUAUAUUUUUAGCUUUGUUGAACACCUGUGUCAUUGUCUUGCACUUGCCAAAAUCUAUGUUAAUGAUGGUUGUAUAGCCAUGCAAUGGCUGUUGUUUUUUUUUUAAUGGUUGUUAUUGUGCUUACGGCUUUUUUGUAAAGUACUUUUAAUGUCUACUUUUGGGGGAAGGGUUUUAUCCGACCACUUAUUCAGAUGAUUAACCACAUGUACACUUACAAACAUGCACACACACACACACCCACAUAUAUAUAUUUGUGUAUGUUAAGUUUGAUUUUUACAGUCAUUUUAACCAAAUGUGUAUGCAUGCAGCCACCCCUGAAGGAUUAGAAGGUGAGCUUACUUUCAUGAAAAAUUAUUCUAAGCUGGGGACAUGAGAGUAGGUUCACCUAAAAUCUAUUUUUAACUUCUUGUAAGGUAUGCAUGAACUUUAUUUACAUAGUGUUAAGACUGUAUUAUACACAUAGUGUAAUGUCAUAAAGUUGCCAUGGUAACUACUCCAGUUGAGGUGGAUUUAUAUUAUAUAGGUUAUCAUGGCAAGAUGGAAGUUUUUAAUGAAUCUCAGUGAUGCUAAAUGAAGAAAUGGAUUCUAAUUGUAUUCAAGAACUUUUUAAGUAUGCUUGGAGGUUGGAAUUAUUGUCUCAAAUUCUAUUCUUAAUUCUUUUCUUUAUUUGUUAGUUUUAUUCUUUACUUUCUGAACUUGGAUACCGAAGCCAAAUUCUUUCAAGUCCAUCCUAUUAUAAUACUCAGAGUGAAGGACGGCUGGUCUCUACAAUUGGCAGACAACUUGGAUGUGAUUGGUUGUCGCCGUGGAAACUGGCAUGAAUAUUUAACCAACUUUUUCUAGAACAUUUAAUCCUUCAAACUUGCAGACCAUAUUGCCUUUUUGAAAAUCAUUAGGCAUGGUGAAGUAGCGUCAGCAAACUGGGAGGCAUGCACCAUUGAUUGGAGAUAGGAGACGGUUUAGAAAGAUCAUCCAUUUUUAUUUUGGAUUUUGCUGAUGCAGAAGGAGAAUUUUGUCUUUUGCAUCGUCAAUGGCUCGUGAUUUUUGGCCUAUUGCUCACCGUGUGCCUAUCAUUCUUGUAUUUCGUAACUGUUUGUGCUUUGAAUUAAAAAAGGACAGCAAUUGUUGGACAAUUCAGAUGACAAUGUUUUCUAUGGACAUUCUUGGGGAUGUUUAUACCGUGUACUUUUACUGCACUUAUUUUUUCCAACUGGAUUGGUUCAACCUCCACAUGUAUUAUUUUAAACAUGUAAACUUUUUUGUGCUAGGUAUAGUUUGAUGUUUCAUAAUUUAUAUGCUUAUUAUUAUUAUUUUUGGAGUAAUGAAAACUGGCUUGGAGUCAAGGGCAGUGGCAGAAUGUGAUAGCUGUAGCCCCCCUGCCCCCAACAUAUACCAGAUAUAAAGAGAGUUUUUGAUAUGGGGGGUUGGGAAAGAUGGUGAUAAUCGUUGAAGAUGAGAUAAUGAACUUAACAACCGGGAAAAGAGGGUUGGAUUUGGCAAUGUGCUAAGGGGCAGGGGAAGGCAGCAUUAGUCGUCCCUUUAACAUGGGUUGACUUAAAACUUUGGGAGAUGCACAACACCAGAUUGUUGAUAGAGGAUGCAAAAUGCAGAGAUAUAUUUUUUCAGAAAAAAAAUUUGAGAAAAAAUGUGUUGUGGUGUCCAAGCUGCCGAGCAGCACCCUGAUGUGGGCGGGUCUGUUGUAAACGACCCUGUUUUUCAUGGUGCUUUCCUGACAGCAGCACAGUGUUCUCUAGUUGACCUCUGACUGACGGGGUGCUGUGGCCAGGGUGCAGACUAAACAACCCGGUGUGUAUACUACUGUCCUAUAGCAGGAGGGAAAACUUUUCUUUACAUAUACCAGGGGGGAGAGCAUUUCUAUGUAUUAUACCUGCUAUUAUAGUACUAUUACCGUGUAUCGUGAAGCCAUACAUAUAUAGCUGAGAUAUUUUUGAAAAUUUCUUGAAUGCAUGAUUUUUUUUCCUCUUCCUUUUCUUUCUUGUUGAUGAAAGGGUGGUAUGUAUUCGUUCAGAGGCCUGAUGGGAUUAUUGUCAUCUCGUCUCUCGUGGAGCUAUCAAGCACCAGUGUGUUGGACUUUGUAAAAGUUAUGUAGGUAUAUGUGGUUUUAGCUAUAAGCCACCAUUCUUUGCAUUAGGGAAAAAUAAGAGAAACAGUUGGUUCAACUGCCAUAUAACGAUUUGAUCUCAACCUAUAGAGUGUAGAGUUGAUUAUAUGUUUCUUAGAGUAAAGUAGUAGUAGUGUUAUUGUCUGUCUCUAGUGAAACUUUUAUCGUCGUCUGUGUUUUGUAAAACAUAACAAUGGUGCACAAAUUUUUGAGAUUCCCUGUGAAUUAAAAAACUGGUUCAUUUCGGGGCCUGCAUGGCACGCCACAUGAAGGUUGUCAGCUGCAAACAGUGGACAGAAAUAGUGUAUUGGGCCCACGAAUGAGCAUAACUGUGAUGAUAUGGAGUCUGCAAGGGGUGGAUAUUUUAUCUAGAGAAUUCCUACAAGUGAAUAACGUGGAAUGUGGGGUUUUGUAAAAAAGUCAGAACAAUACUUGUGGACUUUCUGAUUUGUUUUCACAAUUAAUCCAGUCAUUAGAUGGCUGUGUUGUUUUUUUCCUUCUUAUUUUCUAGAGGGCAGAUGGCAUAUUUGAAUAAUUGAGAAAGCUAUUACUACCACAAAAUAGUAGCCAGCUAAACAUUAUUAUAUUUUUGUGUUGUUUUCACAUUGCUUAAAGAGAUGAAAAAGGUGAAGCACAGAUCAAAACUGCAUCCCGGCAGUCUAAAUUGUGGGGCUUUUUUUGCAUAAACAAAAAAGUAUGAAAUGUGCAAUGACUAUAUUUAUUGCAAGUACUGUAUGAAUUUUUUCUAUGACAGAAUGGUUUGCGAGCGCAGAAGGCUCCAUCAUACAGAUAAUCACAGGGACUCGCGAGUCCAUCGCCUCAACAUCUCAUGCCUGAUUUGAAAUGGGAGCUCUUAAAGACUGCACCCAUUCAUGUUGUUGAUCCAAGGGAUACUAGUAGGCUCAAGUUUUGGGGCGUGGAAUAGAAACUCACCAAGGCAGAAUUAUUCACACAUUUCUCACUACAGAUUCCAUGGCACAACACAUGGCGCAGAGAGAUGGCGUCAGAUUUCUGUGUAUCGGUGAUGGUGCUAUUGUUUUUUUAUUUUUUCUCUGGCAGAUGUACUGAGUUUCUGGGGGUGGUGGGGAUGAGGACCUCCGUAGUCACGAAAUGCACAUAAAACUGUGUUCAAAAACAUACAGGGGUGCUCAGCUCUUCACAUGGAGUUAUAUUUUGUGCCAUAAAUUUUCAAGUGGACUGAUCAUUUGGUGACGUCGGAUUUCCCCCCCCCCC